UGAAGGAUGCCACGGACAAGCUAACUCAAGCUGGAGACUCACCACAGGGUCCUGGAGCUCAGCCACUCUGCUUCCCUUGACCAUGGUUUUCAGAGCUGCCAAGUGAGACCAGAGAACUUGCCUUGGGAGGAAGCAUUGUGGAAGGGCUUCUCUCCUUAAAAACAAAACACCAGGUUGUUGGCGCCAGACUCAAACAAGGAGGCCGCUGCGCGCAAUAUGUCAAAAAAAAGAGGACUGAGUGCAGACGAAAAGAGAAGCCGGAUGAUGGAACUAUUUUUUGAGACAAAAGAUGUAUUCCAACUGAAAGACCUGGAGAAGCUUGCUCCCAAAGAGAAAGGCAUCACCGCCAUGUCAGUGAAAGAAGUCCUCCAGAGCCUGGUGGACGACAGUAUGGUCGACUGCGAGAGGAUCGGGACGUCCAAUUACUAUUGGGCUUUUCCGAGCAAGGCUCUUCAUGCCAGGAAGCGCAAGUUGGAGGCUCUGAACUCUCAGCUGUCAGAGGGAAGCCAGAGGCAUGCAGACUUACAGAGGAGCCUUGAGAAAGCUAGAGUUGGCCGGCAAGAGACGGAAGAACGGGCCAUGCUUGCAAAAGAACUGUCUUCAUUUCAAGACCAACGGGAAAAACUUAGGGCAGAAGUGGAAAAGUACAGAGAAUGUGACCCCCAGGUUGUGGAAGAGAUACGUCAAGCAAAUAAAGUAGCUAAAGAAGCUGCCAAUCGAUGGACUGAUAACAUAUUUGCAAUAAAAUCCUGGGCCAAAAGAAAAUUUGGGUUUGAAGAAUCUAAAAUUGAUAAAAACUUUGGAAUUCCAGAAGACUUUGACUACAUAGACUAAAAUGUUGGUGCUGAACAAGGGUCUGUGAGCUUGUAAAUAUGUCAGGUUUUAAACAUCUAACUAAUGUUACCCAAUAUCAUCUCUGUUAAUAGUUUAUCAUCUGUAUAAUUAUUUAUCUAUCUGUUU